AUGAGUACACCGGAGAAUCACAGGGGAAGACCCACACAUUCGGGAACUCGGUCUGGAAUUGAUCCGACGCGGUGGAUCAUGACUCACUUUGCCUACGCACUGUCCGAGAACGGACUGCACCAAGCUGGAAAAUUGAGGGCGGUGCAACGGCGCGCGCGCGCACAGCUCAGGCUAGCUCGACAAGACAGGCGAAGACGAUAG